AUACUGUCAAAGUGAAGGUCACAUUAUGUAAAAACAAACUACUUAAAUCAUAUGGUUUUUGUAUGAACAUUAAAUAUUACAUAAGUGCUUUUUCAAAUAAUAAUAAUAAUUAUUAUUAUUUUUAUUAAUGUUAAAGUUAAUAUUUUUUUAUAAAAAUUUAGUAUGGUUAUUGGUAUUAAAAUAGCUGAAAAUAAUGAUAGAUGAGCUCGCGAAAACUUGACUUUCCUAGUCCAUUGUUUUGACGGUUUUGACGCUCUCAAAAAUGGCGGAUGUUAUAUUUAUCGCACAUUUUCUACUAUUGUUGACAUUUAAAAUAUGUUCAGGAGAAAGACACAGAACGUCAUUACAAGAAGAUGAUAAUUCUCUGGACGAUGAAGAUGUUAAAGAGCAAUCGGAUUUACUCGAACAUAGUUUGAGUAGACUUGGAAUUCAGAAACGAUUUAAAUGUUAUUUUUGUGAAAAUGCAGAGUGCGUGUCACCGCAAUUGUGUCACGAUGCUGUAGUGUGCUGGAAAUCUAGAGUGAGGGAAAAAGAUGGAGUAGAACGAGUAACACGAGGAUGUUCAAAAUCAGAUGACGAAAAAAUGUUUACUUGCACCAAAAAGUCAAGUCAAGUACUCGUCGAUUGUUGUUAUUCAGAUUUAUGUAAUAAUGGCCCUUUUCCAGUUUUAGAAAAUUUGACAGCCGGUACCGAAGGAGAAGAUUAUUUGCUAAAAUUAAUUUUAGCGAUUCUAGGACCAAUUAUUGGUUUGGGAAUUAUUACGUGUGGAAUAUUUUUCUGCCUUUUAGCCCGCAAGACGCGUGCCAAAAGACCUUCGGCUUCGAAAAGAAAUAAAUUACUUAUUGACGCAGAAAUGGGACCCUCUAUUCUUCACUUCACAUCAACAUCUCCAGCUUCUGCAAAUUAUCAACCUCAUGAAUUGAGAGCGACUGCGGCAGGUGACAGCACUCUCAAGGAAUAUUUGGAUGGCAGGAGUUUGACGAGUGGGUCAGGAUCAGGCCUUCCAUUAUUGGUGCAAAGAACUCUAGCUAAGCAGGUUGCUCUCGUGGAAUGUCUUGGCAGUGGCGGCGGUGGUGGUUUCGGCGGCGAAGUGUGGCGUGGCAUAUGGCAUGGAGAAAAUGUUGCUGUGAAAAUAUAUUUUUCACGCGACGAGCUUGCGUGGACGCGCGAAACUGAAGUCUAUUCUCAGUUACUGCCGUCCAGACAUGACAAUAUUUUGGGAUAUGUUGGCAGCGACAUGACAAGUCGAGCAAGUUGCACUCAAUUGUGGCUGGUGACACAUUAUCACGAACUUGGUUCGUUGUUUGAUAAUUUAAGUCACUCUCCACAUCCAUUGACGCAUCAUCAGUCGUUUAACAUUUGCCUAAGCAUUGUCAAUGGCUUACUUUAUUUGCACACGGAAAUUCAUGGCACCAAAGGAAAACCUGCAAUGGCCCAUCGUAAUAUCAAGUCAAAAAAUAUCCUCGUCAAAAAUAAUGGUUCUUGUGUAAUUGCUGAUUUUACAUUGGCAGUUACGCAGGAUCGAUUAAUGGCCGAUACUGUUGAUCUUCGUCAAGGUACAAAACGUUACAUGUGUCCUGAGUUUCUUGAACAAACGGUAAAUUUGGAGUGCUUGGAAAGCUUCCGACGUGCUGAUAUAUACAGUCUGGGACUAAUUUUCUGGGAAGUGUGCCGUAGAUGUGUUAGCAAUGGCGUUGCUUUGGAGUACGCUCCACCAUUUUACGAAUGGUUGUCGAGUAGCAGUCAGGAUCCUUCGAUAGAAGAAAUGCGAAAAUUAGUAUCACUUGACCAACGAAGGCCGCCGCUUCCAAAUAGAUGGCAUUCGGAUGCUACUCUUGCUGGAAUGGGUAAACUAAUGCGAGAAUGCUGGCAUGGAAAACCAGCUGCUCGACUUCCAAUACUCAGAGUAAAAAAGACUCUUGUUAAGCUGGCUGCUAACGAUUCACGUGUUCAUUUACCUCUCGACUGAGCAGUGAUCAGACAACUGAAUUCAACUUCUCUUACGUAUUUAUUCUUAAAUCAUUUCUCUUCAUCGACAUUUAUCAUCUUCAUUGUUCACUUCUAAUUAUCAAUUAUUAUUAUCAAACAAUUUCAAUUUCUUGCCAACUGAAAACUAUCAUACAUUAACAUAUCACAGUCGCGUUAACAUAAAGAUUCAGUUUUUAGCUGAAAACAAAAACAUGUAAUGUUAAUUUAUUUCUAAUGACAGUGUGAAUCAUUAUUUGUUUGUUUGUGUAUGAUUUUUUAUUCAGUUAUUUAAAAAUCUGGAUAAUCUGCAAUUUUUUAUUACCUUGAAGUAGGAUGAUUGUGGUAAAUAUGCGUAGCAAAUAUUUUUCUUUUUUACAUUACAAAUGAAAAAACUUGUAAAGUUAUUUUUUUGAUUACACUAUUGACAAACUUGGCACCGAUGUAAACCAAGUUUUAAAUUCGUCAACAUUUUUAACAGUGUAAUUCUUUUGAUUAUAUAAUUUAUUAGUAAUUUAAUAACAUUUAAACCAAAAAUAUAGUUUCAAAAACUAAUUUUGAUCAACUUUCUAAGAUUUAAAUCCUAAUACAUUCAAAACAAAUAAUUGAUGAAUUAUAUUACUAGAUUUACAAUUGAAUUGUUUUGAUCAAAGUCGCACAUAUGUUAUAGUCUAUUUAUCUGAAAACGUGUCAUUUAAUCUCUUAACGAAAUGACAUGUUUUCAGAUAAGUAAAUUGUAACGACUGAUCCCGAAUUGCGUCCCAAGGGGUAGUAGGUAUAUAUUUACAUAUAAGUUCUUUAUAAAUCAGAUUUUUAUUUCAAGCCAUUUAAUUGACUUAAAUAAAAAUGAUUCCAUACAAAUAAAUAUUUAUUUGAUAGGUAUAAUAUACAGGGCUCGAACUAGGUUCGUAAAU